AUGGGUGGAUCUGGCUUUGGGUUUACCAUGAACUACGAAAUGACCCAGAAAUCGCAGUGCAACUCUUGCUCUGCAAUUGAGGACAAAUCCAACUACUGGGUCGCUGCCCUCUACUACCAUGCUCAGAAUGGAAGCUUCAUCCAAGUCCCGCAGAACGGUGGAGCUUUAAUAUACUACGAGCAACGCCCUGAUCCAACUACGGACGGGAAAAUUGUGGCACCGCCAGCCGGGUUUCGCAUGAUUGCAGGCAGCCCAUUCGACCGCCAGUACAAGGACACCAUCGAAGCCGACGCGAGAAGUUUCGCCUGUCUCAAUUAUGACGGUCCAGCGACCCCCCAAACAAACGGAUUUCCAAAGACUAACUGCCCCAACGGCCUUCGCGCCCAGGUCUACUUCCCAUCCUGCUGGGAUGGAGUGAAUUUGGACAGCCCGGACCACAAGUCCCAUGUGGCUUAUCCUAAUCAAACAUAUGACAAUGGCCCAUGUCCGGCGUCGCACCCAGUGCGUAUUGUCUCUAUUUUCUACGAAAUUACAUGGCAUACCGAGCACUUUGCAGACAUGUGGUAUGGCAACAGCCAACCGUUCGUCUUUUCUUUCGGUGACCCCACCGGAUACGGGCUCCAUGGCGACUUUGUCAACGGGUGGGAUAUUUCAGUCCUCCAAGAAGCUAUUGACACAUGCAACGAUGGCGGUGGAGAUAUCACUGAAUGCUCGCCAAUCCAUCUCUAUCCGGACACUGUCGCGGAUGGAUGCCUGUUGGAACCAUCGAUCGAUGAACAAGUUGGUGGAUGGCUGACUGCUCUACCGGGCUGCAAUCCUAUCCAACCAGGUCCCAAUGACGCGACAGUCAGGACUGGCUGUGGAGCACCCACACAAAUUGGGUCGCCGCAGCAUUACUAUACCGAUGUUACCGGUGAGCUGGGCUGGGAAUGGAUUGGCUGCGCGGUCGACAAUGCAGGGGGCGUAAGGAUCCUUAGUGGCUCCAGCUCGGCGGGCGCCGACAUGACGGUCGAAAAGUGCAUUUCGAAUUGCAAAGUUGCAGGGUAUACAAUUGCCGGCCUUGAGAACUCUCGGGAGUGCUACUGUGGCAAUAGCAUUGACCCUGCCAAGAAGCCUUCUGUUACGCCUAUGGGAAAUUGUCUUUAUCCCUGCAGCGGCAACCCUAGUCAAAACUGCGGGGGUUAUGGCUUCAUCGGACUUUACCAGCAAUGCACGGGCAACUGUCAGAAUUUGCAAUACCCCGUGGUUCCUCACUAG